AUGGACGAACAGGUGUUCAAAGGAGACCCAGACACCCCUCAUUCCAUCUCCUUCUCCGGGAGCGGGUUCCUGUCCUACUACCAGGCUGGGGCCGUGGAUGCUCUGCGAGAUCUGGCCCCUAGGAUGCUGGACACGGCUCAUCGCUUUGCAGGGACGUCAGCUGGCGCCGUGAUUGCAGCCUUGGUCAUCUGCGGGAUUGAGAUGGAGGAGUACCUCAGAGUGCUGAAUAUGGGUCUGGCCGAGGUGAAGAAGUUCUUCCUGGGACCUCUGUCUCCGUCCUGCAAGAUGGUACAAAUGAUGCGACAGUUUUUGUACGACGUGCUCCCGGAGGACUCCUACAAGGCCGCCACCGGGAAGCUCCACGUGAGCCUCACCCGGGUCACGGACGGAGAGAACGUCGUGGUUUCGGAGUACCGGUCCAAGGAGGAGCUCAUUGAGGCUCUGUAUUGUAGCUGCUUCGUUCCCGUCUACUGUGGCUUCAUCCCCCCAACAUAUCGGGGCGAGAGAUACAUCGACGGCGGCUUCACAAGCAUGCAGCCCUGCGCCUUCUGGACAGACUCCAUCACCAUCUCCACCUUCAGCAGCCAGCAAGACAUCUGUCCGAGGGACUGCCCCGCCAUCUUCCACGACUUCCGAAUGUUUAACUUCUCCUUCCAGUUCUCCUUGGAGAACAUCACGCGCAUGACGCAUGCGCUGUUCCCCCCGGACCUGGUGAUCCUGCAGGAAUAUUACUACCGGGGAUACGAUGAUGCCGUCUCGUACCUGCGGAGGCUGAAUGCCGCGUACCUCGACUCUCCCAGCAAGAGAGUGAUUUUCCCGAGGGUAGAAGUAUACUGCCAGAUAGAGGUCGCCCUUGGCCAUGAGCCCCCACCUAUGAGUCUACAGAGCCUCCCAGCACAGAGGGACAGCCCUGAGGACUGCUCUGAAACCCAUGUACAGGGGGCUCAAGAGGACAGAAAGGACAGCCAUUCCCCAGCAACCCCAUCAGUGCAGACAUCUGAAUCUGGGUGCAAGGGGUUUAAGGAGUCACCUGUGUCCCCAACGGUCUCUUCAUCCAAGCAACCAGCUGCGUCACCGUUGCUUCAAGCCCAGCCGGGCGCAGUAGUGCGGCCCGCUGACCCCAGGGACAGUUGCCCAGUGAAUGUUCGAACUCCAAACCUGGAGCAAGGAGUGAAGGACGACUGUCAGCCAGACUCGGCCACUGACGACCAAAGCACAAACAGCCUGCUCCCUGCGUCGCUCCCAGCUGCAGACUCACAUGAAUCGAAGGCUGGAUCCUCUGUGUCUGUUGGGUCACCCGAGUCUGCUGGACUGCUGCUCAAAUCUUCCCAGGGAGCCACAGCAGCCCGGGCAACAGCUGGACUUCUGCCCCUAAGUCCUUCAACGCCACCCGCCCAGCCACCUGUGGAAGACCUAGGUCCAGAACAACCCUCAGCUACAGGGUCUCCUGCCUCAUCACAGCUGACAGGCUCGGCAGCACCGGGUACCGGGAAGGGAGCCCCCGACAAGCCUCUACUGGUGGCGAGUCCUGCUGCAGAUUCAAACACAGCAAAAAAGAUGUUCAGGAGGAAACAGAAGGCAAAUGCCACCAGAGAGUGCUUCCAGAGAAACCCUCAGUCCAAGAAGCCAGCUAGCAAACUGCAGUCUGCACCUUGUCCACUUGACUUUCCUGUACUUCCCGAGACAGUCUGGGUCACCUACAAACCUCAUCCCAACCGGAUCCAAGAAUACAGCUACACUGAGGUAUGGAACUCCUCCGGAUGUCACCUAAGAGUGACCCUGCCUCUCCUGUCUCAGGAGGAUGCAGCGACUCUGGGCAUAUAG